CAUAACAAAACAGCUUUUUGCAGUUUUAAUCUAAGAGUUUUUCCAUUUCUAUUCCAGUGUGUUUUCCCCUGCAGAAAAUAAGUAUCUCAUGUAAACAGAAUGGUUGUUUGUAAAUUUUUUCAACAAGGCAACUGUCGUUAUGGGCAGAGCUGUAGAUUCGACCAUAUUUACGGUUCUAAAUAUUCUUAUCAUGGUAAGCGUCAGAUCUCAGUACCUAGCGAAUUGCUACAUAUAUAUUUAUUUUUGUGGUUUCUAAAAUUCAAAUUUGCAGCCCAACCAGUCAGCCAGCCCGUGCAACCCGGCGUGACAGAUGAACUUUUAAUCAACCAAGUAGAAACCGAUGUCAAAUCCGUUCUGAACGGGGGUCAAUGGAUCCUAUCAUGCUACUCUCCAUUCAAGGAGAAACCCAACUUCCCAGGAAUCCCAGAUCUCUCGCCGGAGGAAGCUAGACUGUUUAUUUAUGAGGCCAAAGCUAACAAUAAUUUGGACCAGGCUGUAUCAUACAUGAAUAACCAGUUUGUAGAAUCACGACGCAAAUAUGAACAGUUAGUGCUUCCAAAUCAAGCAAUAGUAAAAGUACUAAGAAGUCUGUACAGGGGAGAAACUGUGGCUUCUCCAUUUGCAGGUGGCCAAAGCAGUGGAUUCGAAACAAACUCUGCAGCAACAUCUAUAUUUCGAAGUGCUGUGCAGGGUACCUCUGUGUUUGGGCAAAACACAAACUCCAGUCCCUCAAUAUUUUCCCAGAAUUCUGUUAACCAAUCAGUUUUCGGACAAACUUCACCAAACACAAAACCAUCAGUGUUUGGUCAAAACACAAACACAGGGUUUGGUCAGAAUUCUGCAUUUGACCAGAAACCUAAUGUUUUUGGAUCACCAACUGCAGAGAGUGCGAAGUCAAUUUUUGCACAAGCAAGCCAGAAUGUUUUUGGCCCAAGUUCACCCAGUAAUGUGUUCGCGCCUUCAAAUGCUGAUCCAGCGAAAUCUAUUUUUGCUCAAGCCAGCCAGUCUGCGUUCAACAUGAAUCAAGCUCAACCCUCUACUAAUGCUGCGAGUAUAUUUAGUGCAGCCUCUCAAUCUGCAUUUGGCAAGUCAAGUGAUCCAUUCAACAGUCAACAGCAACCGGCUUCAUUUGGCAAACCAGCACAGAAUGUGUUUCAAGUCCAGACAGAUGAGAGCAGUGUAUACAGUGAUAUUGAUAUUUUAUCGCCAGAAGACAUUGAAGCAUUCAAAGCUGAUGAUUUCAAAUUAGGUUUUAUCCCAGAAAUGCCUCCACCUCGUUCACUCUGUUUUUAAUUAUUGCUCUAGAUGAUUUUAAUUAUGUAUACUUUUUUAUUUUUUAUUAUGUAUACCUAUUUAGUUUUAAACUGUUAACACUUCAGUCACAGUAUGUCUUCAGUGCCAAAUUAUUGUAAAGGUGGCUAGAGUUCAACUUGACUUGAUAUUAAAAAUAAUUAAUAGUCAUGUAAUAUUUAUUGUAAAAUGUUUUGUUAAUUAGAUAUUACAAUGCACAAACCAUUUCUUUUAUUAUCAUAGUCUUUCACAUUCCCACUUGAAAUUGUCCAUCUUAUAAAAU